AUGGUCCAAAACUUAAAACUCAAGGUCGACAUCGAUAGCUCCGACGAGCAGGGCAGAGCUGUCGUAAAGCCAGGACUGGAUAGAGAACUCGAUAGAAUGAAAGACAGCUACGACGGACUAAACAGUUUGUUGAAACAAGUUGCAAUAGAGGUCGCGACAACUAUCCCCGCAAGCUUCGAUAUCGACGUAAACGUCAUAUAUUUUCCGCAAUUGGGGUUUAAUAUAGCUAUACCUCUUACGAAUGCGGGCGAGGCAGCAUACAAUGGCUCCGACGAAGAGUGGGAGCUUAUCUUCAUUACGGAGAGCCGUGCAUAUUUCAAAGAUUUUAGAAUGAGAGAGAUGGACGAGAAACUGGGUGAUAUAUACGGCCUUAUCUGUGAGAAGGAAAUCGAGAUAGUCUACGAUUUGGCGCAGCGAGUUCUUCAGUUUGAACGGGCCCUUAUAGAAGCGUCCGAUGCUUGUGGGGAAAUUGACAGUCUUCUUGCGAUGGCUCAAGCAGCAACCUGCUACAAUCUUGUCCGCCCGAAAAUUUCGGAAGACAAUAUAAUUAACAUCAAGGGUGGCCGUCACAUACUACAGGAGCUGACUGUAUCGUCUUACGUGCCAAAUGAUACAUUUUUGGUAGGAGGUAGACUGGAAGAGCAAUCGGCAGAUCACUCUCAGGGUGCUCCGGAAGCUUUGCGGACCGGCGCAAACCCUAAUAUGCUAUUAUUGACGGGGCCAAAUUACUCAGGCAAAAGCGUUUAUAUGAAACAAGUGAGGAAGACAAACCGCUGCAUUGAAGCCCUUACUGACCAAAAUAAGGUUGCUUUGAUAGUAUAUCUGGCACAAACCGGAAGCUUUGUUCCCGCUGAGAGCGCUGAAAUCGGCGUGGUCGACAAAAUUCUAGUGAAGUCGAAUUCCCAAGAUAGUGUUUCACAGAUUCAAAGCAACUUCAUGAAUGACCUGCAGCAAAUAUCUUUCGAUUUGAAACAUAUAACAGACCGUAGCCUGUUGUUAAUUGACGAAUUCGGAAAAGGAACCAGCGAGCACGAUGGCAUCGGUUUGGCUUGUGGAAUUCUCGAGCACCUUCUAAGCCUGGAAGAUGCUCCAAAAGUAAUCGCCGCAACGCACUUCCACGAGAUACUCGAGAACGAGUUCCUCCGAAUCAGGCCCCGGCUACAGCUAGGCCAUAUGGAGGUCCGAGUCUGCGAAGAACCCCAAGAGGCCGAUGACCAGAUCACAUAUCUGUACAACUUCCGCUUGGGCCGUAGCACGAAGAGUUUUGGGACGAUUUGCGCUGCCCUAAAUGGGAUAAACAAAGUCAUUGUUGACCGCGCGAAUGAGCUCGCAGCUCUCUCUGCUCGUGGGGAGAACUUGAUUGCGGCGUGCGCGGUACUUUCUACGGAAGAGAUGCAGGCAUUGCAGGAUGCGGUAUGA